CGCUUCCUCUCAUAGCGCUAUCCCCCAGAUCUCAUUGGUCACCCCAUCAGACCAUGUCUCGUGGAAGACGUGGAUUUGGACCAAACGGUCGUGCUUCGACAACAAAGCGUAAACGACUUGAAGAAAGCGGGACGGAGUCCCGUUUAGAGGGACAUCGGGAGACAUCAACUCCGAGCAGUGUGCACAAGAAGGUGCGAUGGGAGCAUGCAGAGAGCGUCUCCGACGAGGACAACGCAGAAGAAGAUACGGAUCAACAGUCCGCGUUGACUGAUAAACUUUGUCUAGCUAUUUCUUGUCAGUUUGGGCGCAUCGGGUGUGCCUACUAUGACCCUGUGAAGUUCACAAUCUACGUGUUCGAAGACGCUCCCGAGAACCAGCACUUUGACUUGACGAAGUUGUUACUUGAUCAAUGCGGCCCUGACAUCCUGUUAACAAGUUCCAAAGCCGACGACAACUUCAUUGACAUGCUCAGCGACCAUAUGGAAGCUACGGGAGGUACAUUCCAGAUAAGACCUCACAAAGACUUUUCGCCUGGGAAAGGUCGCGAUCGCCUGCUUUCCUUGCGGUUACUAUCGGAAUUGUCGGCGGAGGUCUUGAAUGACCGGUCAAACUCUGGUUCCGAGUCUUCCGCCGAUCCUCGAAAUGCCUACGAUUUUAUGCGGCGUCGGAGAGAGACUGGAGGAGACCCAACCAUGCAGAGGUGGAAUGCGUCUAUUCGGUUGGCGAACCACGCUUGCGUCGACAGUUCCCCUCUCUGCCUGGGCUCAACUGGGGCGCUCCUGGACCAUUUAGCACGUAUACGCGCUGUAGGUGAUCUUGAAGAUGAAGGCAUAGGGGGGAUAGAAGUACGCGCAAUCCAGGCACUCGCGCUGUCACAAGCUAUGCAAAUCAACGCAGAUGCCCUGUUCUCUCUGCAAAUAUUCGAAGAUGAAAGCCAUGCGUCCAUUCAUUCGGACAAAACCAAGGAGGGUCUAUCGCUGUUUGGCAUUCUCAAUAACACCAAGACAACUCUAGGUAGAGCACUGAUGCGUGAAUGGCUAACUCGGCCAUCGUUGUCUCUAUCUGUCAUAAGCGCUCGCCAUGACGCCGUGGAAUGUUUCCUACGUCCCGACAAUUUGGGUACGGCAACUCUGAUACAUACACAUCUGAAGGGUAUAAAGAACAUACCGCGUAUACUGGCUGUUAUGCAGGCUGGGAGGGCUAAAGUAUCGGACUGGCAAGGUCUUGUCAAGUUCACAUAUCAUGCCCUGAUGAUACGCGACGCCCUUGUUGGUCUGAACAGUGGUGGCAGUGCAGAUGUAGUGAAAAGGCUCGUUGACAUUAUGGAUGCAGGAAGCUUCAAAACGAUAGGCACCGCGAUAAACGAUGUCAUCGAUUGGGAGGAGUCUGCUAAUACUGGCCGAGUUUGCGUCAAACCGCAUGUCGACGAAGAGCUCGAUGACCUGAAGCGGAUUUAUCAUGGAAUUGACACUGUUCUCUCCAAAGUCGCCCAGCAGAUCUCGGCUACAGUACCUCCUGACUACGCAUCUUCCCUGAACGUAGUUUAUUUUCCUCAAUUGGGGUUCCUUAUAUGCGUGCCAAUGCUCGAGGAAUGGAAGACUGACGCAGGCAUCACUGUACUUGAAGGAUGGAGCUUUCAGUUUUCCUCAGAGUCGCACGUAUAUUUCAAAUCGCAAGAGAUGCACGAUAUGGAUGCACACAUUGGUGAUCUUCAUCCAAUGAUAGUUGACCGGGAAAUCGAGAUUGUGCAAUCUCUACUCGAGAAGAUACUCGUUUUCAAGGAAGUAGUAAGCCACGUUUGCGACGCCUGCGCAGAACUCGACUGUCUACUCUCCUUCGCGGAAGCGUCGAGAGCUUGCAACUACAACCGCCCGCACAUGGUUGAUGACAACAUUAUCGAUAUCAGGCAGGGAAGGCAUCCGCUCCAGGAGAUGGUGGUUGACACAUUCGUACCCAACGACGCCUUUGCGGUAGGCGGCUGUGGGUUUGGAUGUGAUUCGAAUCCGGACGACAUAAAUACCCGGGAUGAGAGUAGUGUGGACAACACUGUCAGACGUGAACAGAACGGCAUCAUUGUAUGCACUGGGGCGAAUGCUUGCGGAAAGAGCGUUUAUUUGAAGCAAGUUGCGUUGAUCCAAUAUAUGGCACAAAUAGGAUGCUUCGUCCCGGCGGACGCUGCAACUUUGGGCAUUGUUGACAAGAUAUUCACUCGCAUUCAAACGCGCGAAUCAGUCUCAACGGUACAGUCGACUUUCAUGAUUGACCUCAAUCAAGUCUCGCUGGCUUUGAGGAACGCAACAGAACGCUCUUUGAUCCUGCUUGACGAAUUUGGCAAAGGAACCGCGUCUGCAGGCUCGUAUAUCAUCUAUACUUACGGGGCUGGUCUGCUCUGCGGCAUUAUCAAGCAUCUCGCAGAUCGUGGGCCCGCAUGCCCGAAAGUGUUCGCAGCGACGCAUUUUCACAAUAUAUUCUGCGACGGUCUCCUCGAUCCAAGCUCUAUUCCAAUAACCUUCCUUCACAUGCAAAUAUUGCUCACGUCGAACAAGGGCCAGCUUGUUGGAGCAAGUGACACGACUGAUGAUUACAGCUCGGGCGAAGACAUGGAAGGUGCCGAGGAUGGAAACAAGCGGAUGGCGCCUGGAGAAAGGCUCACUUACCUAUACAGAGUCGCAGAGGGCCUCUCGCUCAACUCUCAUGCAGCGCUAUGCGCAGAAGUUUUUGGGAUUCCUCGUCGUAUCGCAAAAAGGGCACAAUAUGUCAGCAAACUUAUGUCAAGUCAUGAACUUGGUCGCUUGCUCGAUGAAGAAAUGCGUGAUGAGGAGUGUCAAGAUUUGGAGAAUGCGGAAGAGGUAUGCAGACGGCUGCUUGCGCGGGAUCUGUCGUCGGAUGACGAGAGAGAGAACGUGAGAAGUAGAUUGAAAGAGAUCUUAGGACGCUAAGUUCCACGCCUCUGAUGCUCUCCAUUCUGAUCCUGCUUUUUCGUGAAUACAGACUCGGCUGUUCUCGACUAGUUACCUCAAUGCGUACGCAGUAUUAUACAGUAUAGCAAGAUAAGGAUUAUAUGCCACAGUACU